UAACUGCUGCAUACCACAGCACAAUUAGCCGCCGAGUCUCUUCCUCCUCCCUCUCUCUCUCUCUCUCUCUCUCUCUCUCUCUCUCUCCAUCUCUCUCAAGCAUCGGAGGAUUUGUCGGAGUUUCCUGGCUUUAUCUGUAAAGAUGCUGUGGCUGCUUGUGCUCCUGCCGGCGCUCUCCUCAGCUCAGCGUUCAGAGCCCAUGUUCUCAGCUGUAACCCAGAGCGUUCUUCCUCCUGAUUAUGAGAAUAACCCCACCCAGCUCAACUAUGGCGUGGCCGUCACUGACAUGGAUGGAGACGGAGACCUGGAGAUUUUUGUGGCCGGCUAUAAUGGCCCUAACCUGGUGCUGAAGUAUGACAAGCAGAGGAAGAGACUUGUCAACAUAGCUGUUGACAACCGGAGCUCCCCAUUCUAUGCCCUGAGAGACCGUCAAGGCAACGCCAUUGGAGUGACAGCUUGUGACAUCGAUGGAGAUGGUCGGGAGGAGAUUUAUGUCCUGAACACCAAUAAUGCCUUUUCUGGUCGAGCGACGUAUUCUGACAAGCUGUUUAAAUUCCGUAAUGGACGCUUUGAGGAUCUGCUGAAUGAUGAGAUCAACGAGCACAGAGAUGUAGCCAACCGUAUGGCUGGGCGCUCAGUGGCCUGUGUGGACAGGAAGGGUACUGGUCGCUAUGCCAUCUACAUAGCUAACUAUGCCAGUGGCAAUGUGGGUCCCCACGCCCUCAUAGAGAUGGAUGAAGCUGCCAGUGACCUUUCACGGGGCAUCAUUGCCCUCUCCAACGUGGCAGAACAGGCUGGAGUCGACAAGUUCACUGGAGGACGAGGUGUGGUGGUGGGACCCAUCUUAAAUCCAACCUUCUCUGAUAUAUUUUGUGACAACGAGUACGGACCCAACUUCCUCUUCAAGAACAACGGAGAUGGAACUUUCACUGAUGUGGCACAGCAAGCGGGUGUGGAGGACCCGAUGCAGCAUGGCAGAGGGGUGGCUCUGGCAGAUUUCAACCGUGAUGGCAAGACAGACAUCGUCUAUGGCAACUGGAAUGGGCCACACCGCUUGUACAUGCAGCUGAACAACCGCAAACAGAGAUUCAAAGAUAUAGCAUCCCAGAAGUUUUCCAUGCCAUCCCCAGUGCGUACCGUCAUUGCUGCAGACUUUGACAAUGACAAUGAGCUGGAGGUCUUCUUUAAUAACAUUGCCUACAGGGGCUCCUCUGCCAACAGGCUUUUCAGGGUUACCAGGAGAGAGCACGGAGACCCUCAGAUAGAGGAGCUGAAUAUUGGGGAGGCAGCUGAACCAGAGGGACGAGGAACUGGAGCUGUAGUGACAGACUUUGAUGGAGACGGACGUCUGGACCUGCUAGUGUCACAUGGUGAGAGUGCAGCACAGCCACUCUCCAUUUAUAGAGUCAACCAGGGCACCACCAACUCAUGGCUCCGUGUGAUACCCCGAACCCAGUUUGGUGCAUUUGCCAGAGGGGCCAAGGUGGUGGUGUACACCAAGAGGAGUGGCCCACACACACGCAUCAUUGACGGCGGGUCAGGGUAUCUGUGUGAGAUGGAACCCGUUGCCCAUUUUGGCCUUGGUAAGGAUGUGGCCACCAAUGUGGAGGUGUACUGGCCAGAUGGUCGAUCAGUGGCCAGACCUCUAGAGCCUUCAGAGAUCAACUCAGUGCUGGAGAUCCCCUAUCCACGAGAUGAGGAGGAGGCCACUCCUACCGUGGAAAUAGAGUGUGGCCAUGGGUUUGCCAUGAAUGAGAAUGGCCGAUGCACUGAUAAAGAUGAGUGUACCCAGUUCCCCUCUGUGUGUCCCCCUGACCGUCCCGUCUGCACCAAUACCUUUGGCAGCUAUAAGUGUCGCGCCAACAAGAGAUGCAACCAAGGCUUUGAGCCCAACGAUGAUGGGUCAGCCUGUGUGGCCCAGGUGGCUUACUUUGGGGGGACACAGUCUUCCGGGGUGCGAAAGUGGUCCGGCCUUUCUCUCUGGCCUCUGUCUGUCUCUGUGCUACCUCUCCUCUUUAUCCACCUCCAGACUGGACUACUGUAGCUGCUGCUCUCCUCUCCACAAAGGAAAUAAUCCCUUCUUUCCCAGCUCUUUCCUCUACCACUGUCCCGUUCGCUCACCACUCCGAGGGUGAAUGGGAAUGUACACAAACUCUCGGGGCAAACUUUUCACGGAAAUGUCUCUUCCGCCUUCGCUUCUUCUUCUUCAUUUUAGUCAAAGCUAUCCAUGGACCUCUCCUCUCUUCUUUUUUUGUUGAUUGUUCAUGGUCUUGCCCCUUCCUUGCUGCUAUGUGUUUCCUUUUGGCUCCCGGCCCCCUGUGGACUGUAGAGAAACCUACACAGGGAGCAUGCCCGCUGGGAGCGAAGGGGUUCAGAAGUAACUGUGUCACGCCCGCGGCGCUUUCACGUCAUCACCUGGCACUUAUCUUAGUGGGACCUGAACUGAGGCCAAGUUAUUAAGUGGAGCUACCGUGUAUAAACCACUGUACAUACAGCAGACGGAUCCACUGGCUCUGGCUACAGACUACAUUCAUUAGAGACACGCUGAGGCCCCAUCUGUAUCUCCACCAUGCCACUAUGUUAAUCCUCACAAUGUCACUCUCGUUCUUAUUAUAGGCUUAUUGGGAUGCUGAGGAACACCAGGUCUCCCAGCUUUAGGUUUUCUGUGUGUGUGUGUGUGUGUGUGUGUGUGUGCGUGUGUGCUUGGGUGUGUGCAUGCGUGGGUGUGUGUGCGUGCGUGCAGUGUCCAAAGAAGCAGUUGGGUAGAGGAACAUAUGCCAGACCAUCUGUCUCAGACUCCAGUUUGCAUUCUGUCACCUAUGAAUAAUACAAGAGCACAGUAUAGAAGGUAUAAAACACACAUGUACACGCGUGCUGGCACAAGCAUAGACAGACACAGAUUUUCAGGAUAUUUGUACAGUAGGCAAAGAGUGGAAUUGAAUGCACUGUGAUUUACCUAACAAUAUUCAAAUCACUACUGAGUUUGCUGUUUAAAAUAUCACUUGGUAGAUAUACUGUAUGUGAUGGAUGUAUCGAAUAAAUGAACAUCAGCUUACAGUAUUUACUGUGUGCUGUUAGUAUUAAUUGUAAAUUAGGAUUAAUAAUGCUUGUUUUCCUGUUCCAGUGAAAUAAAGGUGAGGUAAGGAAGACUGCAGGAAAGAGGUGUUGGUUUUAGUUUUGUCUAACAUUCCCCGAGUAAACUGGUGUUAUUGAGGUGAAGCUGAACCAAAUUCCCCCCAACAGUCCCUGGUGAUAGAGUCAUAUCCCAUUUUUCACAUUUUGCUCAUGUUGGGGGCUUUAGUAUACAAAAAAAAUGCCCAAAGCGCAUGAAACCCUUAAACUUUUCAUGAAAGUUGAUGAAAUAUUUUGGCACAAAAGAUGACCAACAAGAGAAAAUGUGUUCCUUCCGCAAGAUGUUGACAGCAUGUUGAGCCACAGAUCUUUUGCUUCCCAAAACUGCAGGAGUACAUCUGAUCUCUUCCCAGGACUCAGCAGUCCCAGUGCAGUAACCAACCAACAUAGCAACCCAGCUCACAGCUCCCAUUCGCAUCCAUUUUUAGACUAAGAUCACUAUCACAACAGGGGAUGCAUUCUUCAUCUUGCACUGGCCAGAACUCCAGCACAGUCCUCCAGAGCAGUGUGUGUGUGUGUGUGUGUGUGUGUGUGUGCGUGCAUGUGUGUUUGUGUGAUUUGUGGCUUUCUCCCCGUUCCCUCAAUGAGGCAAGUGUUAUAUAUUUUCUAAAUUUUUAACUUAACACCUCACACAUUCCAUUUAAAACACAACACCAAACGCAGCCCCUGACAGCAAGUCCCCAAGCCUGCUAACGAGUUGGACGCGAACCACCGAUGCCACCUGGAAAUUACAAACACUUCAGCUGAGAUUCAAAGAUUUUCAGUUGUUCCUCUCAGAGAAAUGUUUAAUGAAAACUGACAAGAACAGCCAGAGCAUGAAAAACCAAUAAACAAAUGAUGAGGGAUGUGUUAAAAUUACUCACCACGGAUGUCUGUUGGGUCCAUAUUUAUGAUGUUAUCAUGUUUGCUGUAUUCUGUUAGGCAAUGACUUUGUGGAGAGUCUUGUGGCGUACAAGAGCUCAAAAUCAUGUCCACUAAGGUGCUACAGGUUACGUGUUUGGUCAUUUUCAUUAACUAAUAUAACAGAGCAACUAAAGAUGUUAUUGAAGGGAUAGAAUUUAGAGGGUUUUUUUUCUCUGUCAUUGAUUGUAAUUUGAAUCACGUGGGCCAGGCUUACAGUAAAUUGUUAUAUGAUAUGAUAUGAGAGAGUUAAUUCAAGUGCACUGUUUGCAUGGACAUAAGACCCAUAGGUGUUUAAUGAAAAGUGCAUGUUUUAAAAGGACAUCCAGACUUUAUUCACCUUCAUUUUUGUACUUGUUAUUGUUCAUCUAGUCCCUCUUAACAUUCCCAGGUUGUGACUAACAACUGAGGUCACAGAUUAGGCCUACCAUACAAAGCUCUAGUCAGACAUUAAAUAUGUCUCUAACCAGUGGAACUGUGAUUUACUGAAAGUAUGAAGUCAUGUUGAAGAAAAUAAAUGACAAGGUAAUGUUUACAAUGAUGGAUUAUCUUGCUCAACUGCUUUAGACAUCCCUGUAAGUUGAAUUUCAUAGUCUUUGGAGGAGAACAGAAAUACAUGACUUCAGACAGGUACUGAAAUGAUAUAUGAUCUCAGUAAGUGCAAUACCAGAACAUAGACAGCACCGAGAAUAAUGCAGAGAGAGGUAAGCUAGAAAAAACAACUCUAAAACUGUGUAAUGUACCUGAACUUUGUUGUUGACUGAUAUCCAACCUCCUGUUCUUUGGUAUUAGAAGGCUGCGGAUGUGUGUGUGCGUGUGUGUGUGUGUGUGUGUGUGUGUGUGUGUGUGUGUGUGUGUGUGUGUGAGUGUGUGUGUACGUGUCUGGCAUGGUCACUGCCACUGCAUUGUUCAUGUCCCUGUGCUGACAGAGGCUCCAGCUGUGUUUCUCUCUGCUGAAAUGAACUGCUAGUGGAGAUGUCCCUGUGCGAAAUAAA